GCAUGCCAUCAGGGAUACCGCGAGCUUCCUUUGUGAAGUACGGAUUAAACAGGUCCAGUCUGGGCAGACUGCGAUGGAGUUGGGAUGCAGUCAGCCCGUUUUUGAUACCGCUGCUCUCAUAUCCGGGAUGUAACAUUCUCCCGGUGUCAACUUCGGGCCAAGCACUGCAGUAUAAGCUCUUAGAUACUUUACCGAAGCCAUGGAUUCCGUAUCAUCCUACAGCGUCGCCAGCCUGGCCUGGCUUGGCGCCCAAGCCGUACCGCUGAUUAUCUGGCCCUCCCUCGUCAGCGCCCUUCUCCGCGUCGACUUGCCCCAGCAAGGCGCGCCAUACAGCGUCGCCAAUGCAGCCCUGGAGCAGUAUUUCGCCCGCUGCUUGGGCCUUUCCCAGCUCGCCUUAGGCGGCCUGCUCCUCGUCCUCUCCGGCACCCUCCCGCUUGAUUCCAUGAAAGAGGCACCAGAUCCAACCGCGCCAACCCCCACCGCCAGCGCGGCCGUGCUCGUUUCCGCGCUAUACCACGCGGCGACGGCCGCGUACUCGUACGCGCGCUACCACGCGACCGGCCAGCUGGCCUACAUGCUCGGGUGUCUGGGCGGGAGCGCGCUGGCGACGCUCGGGCUGUGGGUGCUCAUGUUCGCGGGCGAGCGGAAGCGGCGGGUGAGCCGGCGGACGGGGGCGGACAAGAGCACGAGCGGCUGGCCGUUUAGGAACGCCGUGGCGGACAAGAAGCGGCGGUGAACUGACUGGUCGUGGUCGGGUUUGGGGGUGUAAAGUUGGUUGAAGCCAAAGCGCGGGGUCUGGCUGAGCUGGGCCGGUGGCUUGGUCUGCUCCCAGUCUGGGGUGUCACUUGGGAAUGGGAUCUCUCUCCCCUCCUUGGCUGGGGAGGAUGUUUCGUAGCAAGCCGAGGUUGAGGACACCUCAGAUUGACAUUCACUAACGGUCCAAAGGCCGACUUGUGGUGCCUUUCGU